AUGCGCCUCGGCACGACGCCGACGUGGGCCGCGAUCUGCGUCGCCGCCGGCUUCUUGCUCACGGUGUUCCACACGCAGGUGCACGACGAGCUCGUGCUGCUGACGCCGGGCCUCGCGCACGCGUCGCACCGCUUCGGCGGCCUGCGCGCGGCUUUCGGCGCCGCGCCCAUGGCCGUGGCGCCGCGCGAGGACCUCGAGGCCUUCGCCGAGCGCAAGAGCUACGCGCGGCGCCUCGACAAGGAGGUCUACCGCGCGUGCGCGACGGAGCCCCGGCCGGCGCCCGCGCGCGCGUGCGCGCCGGCGGCGGGCGCCGUGCGCCUCUUGCAGUAUAACGUCUUCCGCAUGGUCGAGCGCGGCGCGUCGGAGCUCGUCGGGUCCUGGCUCGACGCGCGCGGCGACGACUACGUCACGCUCAACGAGCUCAACGGCUUCCACAACGAGAGCGAGUUCGCGGCCUGGGCCGGGCGCCACGGCUUCGCCCGGGCCUGCUUCCUGCCGGCGGCGAGCAACUACAACGUGGGCUUCCUCGCGCGCAGCGACGCCACGUGCGCCUGCGUCGCGGCGCGCUUCGACGGCUUCGCGCACGGCGUCCUGCACGCGGCGUGGAAAUCAAAUAUUCAACCCGACUUCAAUGUGCUGCACGCGGCGUGCGGCGACGCGCACUUCUUCGUGACGCACCUCACGCCCUUCGACGUCGCGUCGCGGAGCCGCGAGGCGCGGGCCAUCGCCGUCAUGGCGCGCGACGCGCUCCGCGGCGCCGGGGACCGCGCGCGCGCCGUCGUCGCGGGCGACCUGAACAGCCCGCCCGUCGCGCGGCCCUACGCCGGCGACCUGCCCGUGGAGCUCCGCGCGCUGGCGAACGAGGGCCUGCGCGCGCGGCUCGCGCGCAAGUUCCUCGUGCCCGGCGGCGCGACGCUCGACCCCUACGUCGGGCGCGUCUUUCGGGCCGCGGGGCUCCGCGACGCGUGCGCGACCGACGGCGCGGGCGACGACGCCGCCGACGGCUGCGCGCCGUCGAUCCCCACGGACGUCGCCAGCGACAACUCGCACGCGCUGACGACGCGCCUCGACUACGUCUGGCUCGGCGGCGCCUGGCGGGGCUGCGGCUGCGGCGCGCCGUGCGCGGCGACGGUGCGGAACCCGAUCACGGACGUGCUCAGCGACCACUACCCCGUCGAGGUCGUCGUUUCCGCGCGGCCCGAGCCGCCCGCCGUCGACGCGCCGCUCCCGGAGCCCUACGCGCCGUCCGAGACCGCGAAGAGGAAGCCGCCGCGGAAGGCGCCGCCGCCGGGGCAGCAGCGGCCGCCGCCGGCCGCGCGCGGACGCCGCCGCCCGCUCGCGGCGGCGGCCGCGCGCGCGCUCGUCGCGAACGACGGCUUCAGCGCGCGCGAGCGGGACCUCGCCUGCGGCUGGGCGCGGUCCUUCGAGGCCAAGUACGAGCCCGCGCGGCGCCGCGCGGCGCGGGCGCGCGCGGACCACGGCGCGGAGUGGGCGGCGAAGGCGCGCGUCGUCGACGCCGAGCCCGGCCGCGGCGCCUGGGUCCCGACGCGCGCGAAGCUCGGCGACGGCUGCCACGCCGCCUGCGGCGCGCGGCGGCCGGCGGGCAACGGGUCCAUCGCCGGCGGCUUCUGCGUGCGGCCGCGGCUCGCCGACGGGAGCUUGGCGACGUGCGCGCGGCUCACGGCGGCGUUCGGGUGCCCCUUCGGCUGCGCGGCCCGCGACGGCAAGGAGCUGCCGGCCUUCGUGGCCGAGGCCGACGCCGACGACGCCGGCCGCUGCCUCCUGCCCGCGGCGGACGUGCGCCGCCGGCGGACCCCCCCGCUCCCCGCCGGGCGGGCCCUCGCGGACAUCGUCGGCGGACGGCGGCCGGCGAACGCGUCCGCGCUCGCCCGGCGCCAAAAGGACUUCCCGGCUUCCGCGGCGCGCCGCGGCCGCGCGCUCCUCGCGAAGCAGCGCGUCGCCGUGGGCCGCGUCGCCGGGUCGCGCCGGGUCGUGUCGUCGAAGCGCGUCCGGAAACCCGCCGGGCUGCCGCCCGUCGACCUGCGGGACCACCUCGAGGACGACCAGUUCUCGCCGCCGCCGCCGCCGAAGAAGAAGCCGCGGCGCAAGGCGACGGCGCUCCAGCCCCCGUUCCUCGCGAAGCACGGCUUCGUGCAGCACCCGAAGAAGCAGGCCGACGCCUGCACGCCGGCGCACCCGGUCACGGCGCGGCUCUGCCCCUGCGCGGCCGCGGCGACGUUCGUCGGCGCGCGCGGCGCGAGCUGCGCGGCGACGUGCGGCGCCGCGGGCCUCGCCUGCCACGACGACGUGCUGCGCGCCUUCAACGACGUCGCCUGCCUGCCCAACUCGGGCCAGGCGCCGGCGUCCGUCAGCGGGGCCGCGCGGUUCCACGUGCUCCCGCUGCCCACGGAGCCCUUCACGGAGACGAGCCCGGCGCGCGCGCUCCCGGCCCUCGUCCCGGGCACGCCCAAGCACCCCGACGCGCCGGACGGCGAGCACACGUGCCUCGCGGCGUCCAACGACGCGCGGCCCUACCUGUCCUGCGCCGCGGCGAGCCCGGACCUCGAGCGGCUCUGCCCCUGCUCGCCGACGGGCGACGACGCCGGCGAGGGCGACGACGGCGGCGCGGCAGUUCUCCUCGCGAACUGCGCGUUCCUCCUCAAGCUGCUCCUGGCCUCGCCCGCGCUCCUAGCCUGGCUGCUGCUGCGCUGCUGGUCCUGGCUCACGAACGCCCUCAGCAAGGCCACCGCGUCGCUCGCGCGGCCGGUCAUGGCCGGCCUCGCCGAGGCCUUUGACGCCGUGCUGUCGGAGGCGCCCGACGGCGCGCGCUGGGGCGGGCGGCCGGCGCGACCGAGCGCGAUGCAGCGGGCCUACGACGACGCGUCGGCGCGGAUGGCCGCGCGGCUUCGCGCCUACGAGUCGGCCGAGGCGCCCCGGGCGCGGACGCCGUCGCGCACGAUGAUGUCGAGCCCGUCGGCCGCGCGCCUCGACGCGGCGGCGGCGGACGCGUCGCUCGAUCGGACGCGCGCGCUCAUGGGCACGUCCUGGACGAACCGCCUCGCGGCGCUCCUGCCGCCCGCGUGGACCGUCGGCUCCUGCUGCGGCGACGACGACGGCCGCGCGGCGGCGCGGUUCGAGCCGGCGCACCUCGACCGCGUGGAGUGCACGCGGCUCCGCGCCGCGACGCUCCGCUACCAGCCCGGGUCCGGGCGCCUCUUCGGCCUGGAGCUCGAGACGCGGAACGACGACGACGGCUUGGUGAUCCACGCGCACGGCGUGGGCGCCUCCUCCCGGCCGGCGACGGACCCGAACGACGGCGAGCUCUCGGAGCGCGUCAAGGUGUCGCUCUGGGGCGGCGACGCGGACGAGGACUGGAUCUCGGAGCGCGCGGAGCUGGCGAGGGGCGAGCACGUCGUCGCCGUCCACGGCUUCGCCCAGCGCACGAAGCUCUACGGGCUCGUGCUCGAGCUCAACAGCGGGCGCAUGGUCGGGCGGCCCUACGUCGACGGGUCCACGCGCAUGUCGCCCGUGCGGCUCGAGGCGCCGCGGGGCCUCGCGGUGCGCGGCUUCUACGGCCGCGUCGCGGCGGACCACGUCUCGGGCCUCGGCAUCCUCUGCGGGCCGCCGGCGCCCGUCGCCUGGUCGCCCGCGCGGCCGGAGCGGUUCUCCGACCUCGCGACCGCGCGCGCCGCGGCCGUGCUCGCGCUCGCGGAGGACCCGCGGAACCUGCGCUUCGGGCGCCUCCCGACCGCGCUCGUCGAGGCGAUCCUCGCCUGCGCGCUGGCGCUUUUUGACGACUAA